AUGCCGCAGCCUCUUCAUCCAUCCAGCGACUCGGAUCGUCUUGCGGGCCUAUUCAGCUUUCUCUCUGGCUCGCUGGUGUCUAGCCUGUUCCAAUAUCAUCCAAAUGACGCUGGCACCUCGUCUUUUCUUCCGCCCUUGGAUUGGUCCGACUGGUGGGAUUGGGCGGGCGCGGAUCAGACUCACGGGCACGACGGUGAUAUUCGAGCCGACUCGUGGUACUCCCUUCUGCAGUACUAUGACUGGUGUCGUAUCACUCCUGAGAGCGGCAUGGACGAACAGCCACCUGAUGUCGCGGCGACAAUACCUCGCACCCUGCGAACCCUUAUAGAAAAUGCUAGUCGCUUAGCGCUUCUUCGAGAGCUUGGGACCGUGGUUUCUCCGUGCUCAGGAACAGAAUCUCGCUCUUCGCCUCAGGAAGCUGUCGCCAUGCUACGACCGUCGGCCUCUGGUGGCAGUAGCACACCUGUGGUUGGGAUAUCACCCAAGAAGGCCCAUGAAGUCACACAAAUGUCAGACUUCAUCGGCAUCAUGCUGCAUUCUGAUCCCUCCCUCUCUUCAAUCGAGCAUGUGGUAGACGUAGGUGCAGGGCAGGUGUGUGAUUCAUUUACACCAUCCCACAGCGCUGGUGCAUACCUCUCUAGAACACUUCGGGACUCCAUUGGGUUGCAUGUACUCGCUCUAGACUUUAGCGACGUGCAGACACAAGGCGCCGCGAAGAGGGACGCCGUGAAGCCAAAACGCAAGGCUGCGCUGAACGAUCCGGCAGACUCUUCUGGUGCUGGACAUGCCACGGCUGAGCAGAUGCAUAGCGAGCCCAAGAUCCACGAACCGCGGCAUGGAUCCCUCACAUACGUCACGACGGCGAUCGACGCGGACACCCUGCGCUCGUCCACCCACAACUGGAUGGAACGCGAAGUUGUUAUGGGCUCCGUGACAGAAAAACCUAUCAGUACGCAAGAUCGCGUGGAACAAGGCCCUGCGCCCGUCCUUUUCGUCGCGCUGCAUGCGUGCGGUUCGCUUACCCCCAACAUCCUCCGGGCUUUCGCCUCCGAGGCACGGAGCGGAAAGACUGGUGCAGCUGCCUGGACACCGCGCGCAGCUGUCAUCGUGGGAUGCUGUUACAACAUGCUGCGUCCGGAAGACUUCCCCCUCUCAUCGGAACUGAGAUCGCUGUCGGGUGCAACGGCCGCGCUCUCCCCGAGUCACCUGCAGCUUGCCGCGCAGGUACCCUCGCAAUGGACGCGCACUGAGGACACGCUGCGGGAUGCGCGCCUCGCGCUCCGCAAGAUCGUCUGGCGGGCCCUCAUUCAGGAUGUCCUCGAUGGCGAGAAGAAAAAUAUUGCGCUCGAAGAGACCACAGAUGGUCGCCCGACGAAGAAGCGUCUGGGGCGGCUGAACGACGCCGCGUACGCCGAUUGGGCGACAUUCGCGCAGCGCGUGCAGACGAAACGGGGGCUACCAGACGGACGCCUUGUGCGCGCGGAUCGUGCUCUAGAGAGGCGGAUCGCGGUCUUCCAUGUGUUACGAUGCAUCGUGGGCCCGGUGAUAGAGAGCCUACUCCUGUUAGAUCGGACGCUGUGGGCGCGGGAGGCGUUGCAGGGUACGGGCCUGGAUGUUGAGCUCGUGAACAUGUUCGACCAGGCUAGCGGGAGUGGACGGAACGUGGCAAUAGUCAUACGGCCUGGCAUCGCGCGGUGA